GUCGGGGCAGCCAGCCAGUGGCAGCUGCAUGCACGGCGCAUGUCCGCAGCGGGACCGUCACGUUGCAUAGUUCGGUCCAAUCAACAGAAACUUUCCUAACAGAGAAUUGUAAGAUGGCGACCGCCGAACCGGAAACUAACCCAAGUCCUACCCAGCCUGAUGAAGAUGGAGCUGAGCAGACUGGACAGGAGAUUGUGAGCCCAGAGGCCUACAUCAAACACCCGCUCCAGAACAGAUGGUCUCUGUGGUUCUUCAAGAAUGACAAGAGCAAAACAUGGCAGGCCAACCUGCGACUCAUCUCUAAAUUUGACACAGUUGAAGAUUUCUGGGCUCUCUACAACCAUAUCCAGUUGUCAAGCAAUCUCAUGUCAGGCUGUGAUUACUCACUUUUCAAGGAUGGCAUUGAACCCAUGUGGGAGGAUGAGAGGAACAAGCGUGGCGGGCGCUGGCUGGUUACACUCACCAAGCAGCAGAGGAGAUUAGACCUGGACCGCUACUGGCUGGAAACUCUGCUGUGCUUAGUCGGAGAGGCCUUUGACGACUACAGCGACGAUGUCUGCGGAGCCGUGGUCAACGUCCGCACAAAAGGGGAUAAAAUAGCCGUCUGGACGUCAGACUACGAGAACCGCGAAGCUGUAACGCACAUAGGGAGAGUUUACAAGGAACGCUUGGGGCUUCCCAUGAAGAUGACUAUUGGUUACCAGUCUCAUGCAGACACCGCUACCAAAAGCGGUUCAACCACCAAGAACAAAUUUGUUGUUUGAGAAACCCCUUAUGUGCCUCUUUUCAUUUUCUUGUCUUAUUUUGUUGUUGGUGCACAUGUUUACUUUGCUGCAAAAGACUCUGCGGAAUGCAAUCUGGAAGGAAAUAAAGAGUUCAUGCCAAAUGUUGCCAUAACCUGCCCAGGAACUUAUACCACAGGAAAAAAGAAAUGCUAUGGAAAACAGAUGAAUGCAAAAACUUCCACAAACACUAAUAAUGAGAGGUAUUAAUAGUGGAUGACAUUUAGAGUGCUUCAUGUUCUACUAAACAAAAUCGUUCUGAUUUUAUAUUUUUAUUUUGUGAAUGGCAGGGAAUCAGAAAAUGUAUAUUUCUCACCCAUUUUACAGCAUUGUUGGUUUGGCUGUAAACCUUAAUGACAUUAAACCCUUUUAAUUUAUUAUAUUAAUUUGCUUGCAUAUUAUUAGAAUGUUAGACCUUCGUUUUAUGCUUUUUUUGCCUUGAGCCAUUGCACGUAAUCCACCUUUUUAAAGUGUUUCAUGACAUAUAUUCAUUUGAGUGUUAAUAUAAUUAAAACAUUGGUUUUGCAAUUAUUAACUGUUAAAUUGUGGAUUUUUUGGUUGCUGUCUGUAAGUGGUACAUUCCUUGUUAUAAACGCUUUGCUAAUUGA